AUGCCGCUGACCUUUACUUGGAAAUUUGCUCGAGUGUCCGAUUGCAGUUUCGGAUUGGCGCUCGAGUCCUGGCCCAAAUCUGUUGAACUGCAAAACCUUCUCACCGUUUCCUACACUCUGGCGACCAACCUCCAUGCCGUCGCAGCAGAGUCUGCCUCGCAAGGGGCCGGCGAACCGGUGUGUCUUCUCAUUGACCGGAACAAGUUGGGACGCGAGUAUGCCAAUAGUCGUGACUAUACGUUCUUCCCACUCGCCUUCCAUCCGGCGUACGGCAACUUGUCCUCUCCUGAACCGCCAGCGUUUCAGGCGAACAAUCGGCUCGCCAUUACAAGAGACAAUAUGAGCUACGAAAACGAAGGUGCCGAUGUGGUGCAAUACAAGCACUUUCAGGCGUAUUCCAAUAUUAAACGAACCAUACGCCACAGGGCGGAUGACCUUCUGGCGAGCCAAGGGCUGGCCACGGGUGCACUGACGUUACCCCCGGCCGACACUGCGCACGGAGCCCAUAUACGGACCAAGAGACAAAAGCUACCAGAACGUCUUGAAGGACGACUGACGCCUGACAAUCCAGAGGCAUCGACGCCGUUUGCCCGAGAAAGACAGCGUAUUCUGGCCAACAUUACGGGGCUGGAAAAGCAGUACUGCACACACAUAUUGCGAAAAUUCCCGCCUGCUGUGUUCCUAGGCAUCUUGGCAGCAUACUCCACCCAAUUCGAACGAGCCAUCGACGAGAUGAAGGCCAGGUUCUACGAUGAAGGCUCUCAAGGUCUCGGGCUCUUGUUGUCAGAAGGCGUCGCCGCCCUUGAUCGUCUGGGCAAGUUUUGCUUCACAGGCGACCCCCGCGUUCUCCCGUAA